AUGGAUUCAGACUGUCAGUCUAACAGGUCCUCCUCACCAGAACUGGAGAGUAGAGAAAGCCUCAACUUCAAGUCUGGGCCAAUGUUCCAGAAACUGUGUGCAAGUCAGCGAAUGCCAACCCGGGGAAAGAUGAAGUCCAACAGGAGAGAGAAUCAGGAGAACCUGCAUGAGCUGCGUAUGAAGGUGAAUAGUCGUGAACGACAAAGAAUGCAUGACUUGAACCAAGCCAUGGAUAGUCUCCGAGAAGUCAUGCCAUACUCUCAUGGACCCUCUGUGCGUAAGCUCUCUAAGAUUUCAACUCUGCUGCUGGCACGUAACUAUAUUCUUAUGCUAUCCAACUCACAUGAAGAGAUGAGGAAGUUGCUUAGUAAAGCCUAUGGAGUUCACCGUCUGCCUGACUGUACAAGUCAUUUGUAUCAGCCACCUAUGGCACCGCUACCGCAAGUUAUGAGCACACUGCCACUUUCAGAUGUCGGUGGUUACAUUGGACUAAUGACACCAGAAGUCCACCGCAUCCCUGAAGCUGCUCCUCAGAAUUUUUCAGGACCUCUGUACCCUUGUGUCACAUGCCAGCCCCUCUCACAUCCACUAACAAGGACUGCUUCUAAUUUACUAUUCCCAAGAACCAGCAAAUGA